UGGUGCAGCUAUGUAAAUGCACUCUGAAAGAGCUCCUGUGUAACCUUUGACUUCUAAACAUGGUUGCCAUGAAGAAAGCACUGCUUGCGGCUGUUGUUGCUGCUUUUGCUGCUUUCAUUGGACACAGGUUUCUUAAACUAAAGGAAAUGACCCUUGCUUCCAGAGAAGUGCCAGUGAAACACCUCAACUGUCAUUAUUUAAAGAAUAUUGGAUAUGGAGCAGAGGAUAUCACAAUACUUAAAGAUGGACUGGCCUUCUUAAGCACAGGGCUGAAGUAUCCUGGAAUGCCUUCAUUCUCUGAUGAUCCAGGAAAAAUUUUCAUUUUAGAUCUGCUACACCCAAAGCCAACUCCAGUGGAGCUACAGAUCAAAGGAGAGCUGGACCUCAGCUCUUUCAACCCACAUGGCAUCAGUGUAUAUACUGAUGAGACAGACGACUCUGUAUACCUGUUUGUUGUCAAUCACCCUCAGCACAAAAGCCAGGUAGAGAUCUUCCGUUUUGUUGAGGAGGACACACUUGUGCACCUAAAAACUAUUACCCACCCUCUACUCCACAGUGUGAAUGACAUUGUUGCAGUCGGAGUAGAGAGCUUCUACGCCACUAAUGAUCACUCCUCUCCCAGUCAUGCACUUCACUAUCUGACUAUAAUCCUGGGUCUGCCCUGGUGUGAUGUGGUGUACUACAGUCCAGGGGAAGUGAGGAUGGCAGCCAAUGGCUUUAUGUCCUCAAACGGCAUCAACAUAUCACCUGACAAACGGUAUAUUUAUGUCUCAGACAUCAUAGACCAUGACAUAGAUGUUUUUGAGAGACAAGGGGAACAACUAGUGUAUAUUAAGUCUGUAGCUGUUGGGUCGCUUUGUGAUAACAUCGAGGUGGACCACAGGACGGGUGACAUAUGGCUGGGCUGUCAUCCAAAUGCCAUGAAGCUGUCAAAGUAUGACCCUGAAGACCCACCUGGCUCUGAGGUCAUCCAGGUCAAGAACAUUCACUCAGAGCAGCCAGUGGUGAGCCAAGAGUACGCUGAUAACGGCCAUGUGAUAAUGGCCUCCAGUGUGGCAGCCCCCUAUGAGAGAAAGUUGCUUAUUGGCUCUGUUUUCCAUAAAGCCCUGUGCUGUGAUUUGAAAUAAUCUGUGUAUUCAGUAUCUAUGGUCGCU